UAAUCGGACAAAACCUCCGUACAUUCUUUUUUUUUUUUCGAAAAAAGAAAAAAUAUCUCCAGAUUACACCCGUGCCCCCUUCCCAUCUCUUUUAGCUGCUAAACGUUUCUGAAUGAUGUCUAACUAGAGGCCGGUGCCCUACAGCAAUGGCGACUUGCGUAGAAAUCGAUAAGACUUAUCGUAUACAAAUUUCCAGUGGGAAGAGACAAUAUGCGAACACCGGCCAAUGCCAGAAAAAACUAGCUCAGGUGCUCUGCGAUGAGAUGAGCUUAUUGCAGAACGACUCUAGAAGUAGUACGGUAUUAUAUGGGGGUAUAUCGUUAUACUUGUGGUGCCACAGAUCAAGUGUCUGAAUGGUAU